AUGGGAGAGGACACUGAGAGCACAAAAAUCAACCACACCUUCCUACGAGACUAUGUCACUGAAGCUGAUGUCAUCUCUACUGUGGAGUUUAACCAGACGGGGGACCUGCUGGCCACAGGCGACAAAGGUGGCCGUGUGGUCAUCUUCCAGAGAGAGACUGAGUCGAAGGGGGAGUCAGAGGAGGUUGGAGACACAGGCGACUCUGGGGAGUACAAUGUGUAUAGCACCUUUCAGAGCCACGAGCCAGACUUUGACUAUCUGAAAAGUCUGGAAAUCGAAGAGAAGAUUAACAAGAUACGAUGGUUGCCACAGCAAAAUGCAGCACACUUUCUUCUUUCCACCAAUGACAAGACCAUCAAACUGUGGAAGGUGAGCGAGCGCGACAAGAGACCCGAAGGUUACAACCUGAAAGAUGAAGAAGGAAGGAUCAAGGACGUCUCCACCAUCACUUCUCUGCAGGUGCCAGUCUUGAAACCCACAGAUCUGAUGGUGGAAGUGCGGCCCAGACGAGUGUUUUCUAAUGGACACACAUAUCAUGUCAACUCUAUAUCCGUCAACAGUGAUGGGGAGACGUACCUCUCUGCUGAUGACCUGCGCAUCAACAUGUGGCACUUGGGCAUCACAGAUCGUAGCUUCAAUAUUGUUGAUAUUAAACCAGCCAACAUGGAGGACCUGACGGAGGUGAUAACGUCGGCGGAGUUCCAUCCACACCACUGCCACCUGUUUGUGUACAGCAGCAGUAAGGGGACGCUCCGGCUCUGCGACAUGAGGGCCUCAGCACUGUGUGACAAGCAUGCCAAACUUUAUGAGGAGCCCGAGGAUCCAGGAAGCCGGUCCUUCUUCUCAGAGAUUAUUUCCUCUGUGUCGGAUGUGAAGUUCAGCCACAGUGGGCGGUACAUGCUCACCAGAGACUACCUCACCGCUAAGGUGUGGGACCUUCACAUGGACAAGGGCCCAGUGGAGACUUACCAGGUCCAUGAAUAUCUGAGAAGUAAGCUGUGCUCUCUUUACGAAAAUGAUUGUAUCUUUGACAAGUUUGAGUGCGUCUGGAACAGCUCAGACAGCGUGAUCAUGACAGGAGCCUACAACAGCUUCUUCCGGAUGUUUGACCGCGAGACGGGUCGAGGGGUGACUCUUGAGGCUUGGCGCGAGAGCAGUAAGCCCCGCGCCGUGCUCCGGACCCGCCACGUGUACACAGGAGGGAAGCGUCGCCGUGGAGAUGUGGGUGUGGACAGUCUGGACUUCUCCAAGAAAAUCCUCCACAUGGCAUGGCAUCCGGCCGAGAACAUUAUCGCCAUAGCAGCCACCAACAACCUGUACAUUUUUCAGGACCGAGUCAACCCUGACGCGCUAACGCAAUGA